CGCUUCACAGGGUCGCGCGCUUUCCUCCGUCCGCGUCUCACAUUUAAACCGGGAGCUGUAAAUGCUAUAAAUUACUUUACUGACUGACUUGCUGUGGAGUGGAAAUACACACGAACACUGCGGGGAGCACAGGAACCCUUUCAGUUACUUGGAGCGUUAAACUUCAGCAAGCAUGGACACGUUGUGCACAGGGCAGAGCUGGAGAAUGACAACAAUGGACAACUUAAGGACAUACCUCUGAAACGGUCUCUUUUGGAAUAAAGACAGGCAUAUUUUAAAAGUUGAAUCCCCUCCUUCAUCAGCUGUGAUGGACACAGAAAAUGACACAUGCCACAACAAGCACCACAUCGACCCCAGGACAACUCCCACAAUCAGUGCCGUUAUGUUUGCACUGGGCAUAUUUGGCAACGUGGCUGCUUUAUUGACACUGGAAAUAAGCCGACGUAGAGCUACAAGGGGCAGGGGCAUGCGUCAGUGUUCUUUGUUUCACGUCCUCGUCACAUCACUGGUGGUCACUGACCUGGCUGGGACUUGUUUCGUGAGCCCACUAGUGCAGCUUUCGUACUCUCACAAUACCACGUUGGUGGGAAUGAUGCCGGAAAACCGUGUGGUGUGUUCGUACUUUGGUGUCAGCAUGACCUUCUUCAGCCUGGCCACCAUGUCACUCCUCCUCACGAUGGCAUUAGAAAGGUGCUUUGCCAUUGGCUAUCCCUACCAGUACAAGCAGUAUGUCGGCAAAAAAUGUGCUUAUAUCACAAUCCCAUUUGUGUUUUUGUUGUGUGCUUUAUUCUGUCUACUCCCUUUCACCGGUUUUGGUGAAUAUGUACAAUACUGCCCCGGCACAUGGUGUUUCAUUGACAUGAACCCGAUGAACAGGGAGGACAGGAUUUACGCCAAUGUCUAUGCUAGCAUUAUGCUUGUGCUGGUGCUGGCUAUCGUGGCGUGCAAUGGAUUUGUAGUGUACCACCUGUUCAGGAUGUAUCAGCGUCGGAAGAGGAGUGGAUCAGUGAUGGUGACCACAAGAUCCAAGAGUGACCGCAGGGCCAUGUCCAUGGCUGAGGAGGUGGAGCAUCUCAUCCUGCUGGUUGUCAUGACCAUCAUCUUCAUCAUCUGCACGCUGCCCCUAGUGACUCGUGUGUACAUAAACUCUACAGGACAGUACAACUCAAGGCCAGAGUCUCAUCCUCUGGACCUGAUCGCUCUCCGUUUUAUCUCCAUCAACUCCAUCAUCGACCCCUGGGUCUUCAUCCUGCUCUCUCCCAGCAUGCUGCACUUCUGCUGGGCUUCGGUCUGUCAGGCUCCUCUGGAACUCUCCAGAAGUUCGGUCUUUAAGUGUUCCCUGGCCAAACAGCCGUCUGCCUGCCAAGUAGAACUGAACCACCCGGCUCUGGACUACAGCGAGCAGCUAACGUCAGUCACUGUAGGACACCUAUGACCAUUGCAGAACUUUGACGUGAACACACUAUCGUAUCAUCUUCUGAAUGGGAUUGUGUGGAGAUCACACAGCUGUGAUGAGCAGCAUCUCCCACGCAGGUUUGCACAAGUUAACAGCCACCACUUGAGUCUGAUUGAUGAGCUACUUCAACCACUUUCAUCUGUGCCUCUCACCAUUUGACGAGUGCUUACAGACCUCUCUGGAAGCAUGCUGGCUUCAUUGGAGCUUUAGGUUGCAAGCAUAAAAAUUCAACAUUUUA